AUGACAGGCAAGAUAACUGAUGCUGCGAGUCGACACGAAGAGGGGCUCCUAGAGAAUGCGAUGCUCACCGAUUCGGUCGAAGACAGGACCAAUUACAUGAAGGAGCCUCAGCCUAUAAGAAAGGCAUCACCGUUGCGCACCGCGGAGACGAUGAUGAGCCAGAGCCACUGGAGGGAAACACUCGAGGAAGGAACAACGCAGAACGGGUCUGGACCGAACUCAACGACGGUGAAGGAUGGACUA